AGAGUGACUGGAUGCAUCCUCUCCAAUGUCAACACCCCAUCCAUCACCCCUGUGAUCGGCCAGCCUCAGAAUGAGUCCUCACAGGCCAUCUAUCAGAACAACAACGUCUCCAACAAGCCCACUGCGGCAAAGAUCUUGGGGAAGGUGGGAGAAAGCCUGAGCCGGAUUUGCUGCGUUCGCCCUCCCAUGGAGCGCUUCACCUUUGUGGAUGAAAACGCCAACUUGGGGACAGUGAUGCGAUAUGAGGAGAUCGAGCUUCGCAUCUUACUGCUCUGUGGUAGUGACCUGCUGGAGUCCUUCUGCAUCCCCGGUCUCUGGAAUGAGGCAGAUAUGGAGGUGAUUGUUGGGGAGUUCGGGAUCGUGGUGGUGCCCCGGGAUGGAGCAGACCCCGACCGGAUCAUGAACCACUCCUCCAUACUCCGCAAGUACAAAAACAACAUUCUGGUGGUGAAGGACGACUCAAACCACCCCAUGUCGGUCGUCAGCUCCACCAAAAGCAGACUGGCCUUGCAGCACGGAGACGGACAUGUUGUGGAUUACCUCUGCCAGCCCGUCAUCGACUACAUCCUCAAGAGCCAGCUCUACAUCAACGCCUCCGGCUAAGUGCAGGAGGCCAUGCAGCGAGACAACCCUCAUGUCCC